AUGGGGGAGGUGUUAUCUGAUGGCGACCAAGAAGAGGCGCAAGGGGAGGGUGCGGAGGGGACGGGGGAGGAGGAGGAGGGGGGAAAGGGAGGGGAUGAUUACGCGGGGGCAAUGAUCGCGGAUAUAAUGUCAGGGUUUGUAGAGAAGAUGGAGAAGAGGGGGGUGGAUUGGAGCAAGGUGGGUCCCAAUGGGGAGGGGUUUGAGUUUGAAGGGUUUGAACCCGAGUGGUUCGAACAGCACGGUUUGAAGCUGGAGGGGGAUGGGGAGGGGGGAGGAGGGGAGUUAGUUGUGGAAGGGGCGGAGGGGGGAGAGGAAGGGGAGGGGGAGGAAGAGGGGGGAGAGGGAGCGGAAGAGAGUGAUGGGAUGGAGGGGUUGGAGGGGGAGGGGGAGGUAGGGGUUGAGGUGGUGGAGGGUGGGGAGGGCGGGAAGCUGGAGGGGAUGGCUGGGGGAGCAAUAGAGGCUAUGGAGGGGAAGGAGGGCAAAGAGGAAGUGCGUGAUUUGUGA